GUGGACAGUGGCAUCUCGCACUCCUUGCAACGUUGAAUCAUGGCCGUCAUGAGCGUGUCGGAUUUCUUCCACAUGAAAUCGCGCGAUUUAGUGAUAUUCUCCGAAUUUGAAGGAUGUAAAGCAUCUAUCAUUGAAGUUGACAAGUUAGGGCAACCCAAAGAGUUUCGUUCUAAGGAGGUCAAGUCGCUAGACAAGCAACUAGAGUUUUUCUCGCAACCAACACCUACGGAUACACAUAGGGGCUCUUUACACUUACUCUUACACCGAUGCACUAGAAAGAAGGCCGAAAAGGCCCCUCUACCCUUCGGAGAUCAGAAGACUUUCGACACGGUGAUUGAGAAGUUGAAGCUGCCGACGUGUUAUCCUUAUGAUUACGCGAGGUGGCAGCACAUUCCCGCAAGGACGACAUUCUUUCGUUCCGGUGUGGAGGUGGUCUGUCAUACUCCGAAAUUCGGCACGACCUGGGCAAGCCUUGCGCUGUGGUAUGACUCUGAAAGUCAGACAACGUCUGCUUUCCUGUCUGUGACUGAAGGCGAAAUGGAGGAACUGAUGGUGGAGACGGUGAACAGUCUCAAAUUUCUGGCUAGCCAUCCGCUCCUGCUGCCCAUUGCGCUCUAUUGGGUGACCUCUCAGAUCCUUCGACGCGACAACCACGACACCCACGUGAAUAUGAACACCGUUCAAAAAGACACAGGCUUGUUGAGACAAUAUUUAAAGGUUGACAGUACGAGAGCAUCCAGCACCACCGCCUCCACGACAGAAAAAGGAAACGCUAAAACUUCACAACAGAAGGCGCCUACUCUGACCGAGAUUCACCAAGUUAUUGUCGAACAACAUGCGCGCCUCACACGUGGUCUCGCUGAAUUCACUGAGGAGCUUGGAGCAUCUUGCCUCUCUGCCCUCGAUAGCAUCGAAAGCAUGGAAGAAGACGGGGACGAAGCGAAGAACGACAAGAAAAUCUCGACUCUAUUGAUAGACAAGGAUGCACAUUUCGAGCUGAGGAAGCUCCUCGCCCAUACGAAGGUCGGCACCAACUACGAACUACACCACCGCAAGCAGAUUCUCAGUCGGGUAGAGAUCCAACAGCAAGUCCUUUACAAUCUUAUGCAGUCCCGUCUUGGUGACGAAGCUCUCCGCGAUAGUUCGGCUAUGAAAAGCAUAGCUGUGCUAACCAUGGUGUUUCUACCGGCAACAGCACUAGCCACCAUAUUCAGCAUCGGCGCAUUCUUUGGUUCAAGUCCCGCCGAUGGACACAUUGUAGUUUCAGGGGAAUUCUGGUUGUUUUGGGCAAUAGCCAUACCCCUUACGCUUCUGGUCCUGCUAAUAUACUUCCUCUGGGAGCAGCGAGAGUGGCUCCACAAGCAAUGGCAUCGAGAGAAAAGAGAAGACCAGGAAGCCCAAAAAACACCGCCGGCGAAGGGUGAUCAGAAAAGAGCUCUCAAAUGA